AAUCAAUUAAAAACAAUAGAAAAAUUCUUUCCUUGGAUUAUUCCUUUGGAUAGUGAAUAUUAUUUGAAAAUAUCAUCAUGGUAAAGGAACCAGAAAAUAAUUCAAUUACUUUUGAACCGGUAAUUAUUCAACCUCCACCAAGGAAUGUUGAUGAAGAAGAAGAUUUAUCAGACUCUGAGAGAAGAAAAAGAUCAAUUUCAAAGAAGGCAUGCGAACAUUGUAAGAAGAGCCACGCUUGUUGUGAAGACAAGAGACCAUGCAAGAGAUGUGCUACAUUAGGAUUGGAAUGUUUUGAUGUACCAAGUAAAAAGAGAGGAAGAAAGAGAAAAUUUGUUGGAAAUACUUCUACCAAUGAACAAUCACCAAUUAUCAUACUCUCUAAUCAACCACAACAACAAGUCAUGCAUAUUCAACCAAAACCAGUCAUCACAACAACAAACUUGAGACCAAUUGCUCCACUCAAAGAGAAGCCAUCAACAAAGGCCAAGUCUCAACCAAUUCUUCCACCUCCAUCUCAACCAAUGCAAUUUGUCAAUAACUUUAAACCAAUUUCACCAAAACCAAUGAUGCAAAUGCCUUCUCAACAAGUUCAGCAACCAAAAGCAGGUGUUUGUCCAUUCGGUCACAAGAGUGCUAACAACAACAAGACUAGUAGUAACAAUAACAACACAACUCCAAUAAUACCAACUCCACAAUAUGCAUUACCUCAUCAUCCACAUCAAAUUCCUCAACAAACCAUCAUCCCAGUUGGAUAUCAACACCCAACAAUGAAUCCAAAUACUAUUGGAAAAGUUUGUCCAUUUAGUGGAAGAACCUUCUCCAAUGUUCAUCAUGUUUUCCCUCCUUCCAACAAUCACAACAAUCAUUCAUAUCAACCACCAGUUUCUUGCCCAUUCCCAUCUUCAUCUUCUAAUAUCAAUGCUGAGAAUAUUCCUAAACGUGUUAAAACUAUGGAAAUACCUCCUGAUAAUUUGAGACUUGCUCCUUUGAUGCCUCAUAUAGAGAAUGAAACUCGUUCUUUGGAAGAAACUGAUGUGAGAACAACCAAGAUUGAAUUAUUAAGAAAAUGGCUUUCUACUUCUGACAUUAAACCAUCUUCAAAGUUUGAAGAUGGAAAGGCUUACAUUAUUCACAAAUUGAUGACCGAUGAUGAUGUCAAUUAUCAAUUCUGGGCACUUUUGGAUGCUUAUAUUUCUUUCUGCAUUACUAGAUUACAAAAAGGGUUACCAAUUGAAGAUUCUACAAAAGUUAAACCACACAAAGAAGCUAUUGAUCAACUUGAAAGCUUGUAUCUUUCUAUUGGUGUUUCUAAAUGUCCAUUCCUUAUUCUUAGAAAGGAAGAAACAGAAAAGCCACUCAUACCAACUCCACCAAGGUUAGAAAGAUUGCCAUCUAUUUCUCGUUUAGCUUUACCAGGUCUGAAAACUAUUUUCAACACAGAACCAACUGCUCAAUCAUCUAAUUUCAAAUUACACAACACAGAAAGUCCUUUCACCAAAUGUCCUGUCGGAUAUCAUUCAAUUUCAUCAGAAAUUGAGGAUAUGAAUCGUGCAAGUGGUUCCAUGCCUCCAAGAAGUGACAUUCAUAAGGUUUCUACAGUCAGUGAAGAUGGUAAAUUCAGUGAGGCAACUGAAACCUACAUCAAGGGAAUCUUGAAUUUAUGUGGGGCUCCUAUUCUUGUUUACUCUCUUGAUUUUGGAGGAAGACUUUUACUUUGGAACUCAAAAGCUAAUGAAACUCUUGGAUAUGAAACAGCUCCUUUAGGUAUGCUUAAAUUUGAUGACCUUUUGCACAUUUCUUCUGAAAAUAAGACAUAUUUACCAUCCCAAACAACACCUUCCACCUUGGCUUAUAAUUGCAACUUUGUGAUCUCUCACGGAACAACCAAACAGCCACUCCCAAUCUCAACACAAACAACAGGAUUUUUGAAGGAAAGAUUUUCAGUGACAUCAAUGUAAAUAAAUUGAAAACAAUAAAGUCAUACUAGCAUCCUCGU